CGGCGGACUGGUCACACAGUAAGCAGAAUGAUGCGAACAGGUAGUAUCACCGGCCAGGCUCUGACGACUCUUUCUGCUGCGCCGUGCGCGCCGCUGCUGGUGUGCCUCGGGCUUCGAAAUCUGCACUGCGUCGGGAACAUGGACCUGCGAGCCCUGGGCACCCACUUCCCUAGCUUGAGGAGGCUCGACCUGGCAGGGCUCGUCAAGGUGGACGACGACGUUCUCAGGGCUCUCUCGUCGACGCUGUCCCUCACGCACAUAGAUAUAUCCAGAGCACACCGCGUUUCUGUAAGCGGAGUGUCAGCGCUGGCCGUAGGGAGCCCGGAGCUGGCAUGCAUCUCACUGCACGGAAUUGCUCUGGUGGACGAGGCCGUUCGAGCGCUGUGCGACGCCUGCCCCAGGCUCCGACACAUCAACUUGUCCUUAACGCGCGUGACGGAGCGGUCCCUCCGCCUUCUCGCCACGAAGGAUAGCUUGAGAUGGGUCAAUGUUCGUUGCUGCAGCGGUAUUGGUAACGACGCCGUUACUGCCAAGGUCUUGGCGGACUUCCGAAGUCGCUUGUCGCCACCCAAGCACCCGAGAGACCGUGGAACGGUCCUAGGAAUGGAGCGCCCCGAGCCUCAGUCGAGGACGCCCGCACCAAGCUGCUCCCGCCGCGAACCUCUCGGUGCCAACAGCUCCGGCGGUAGCCUAGACAGCGGCUGCGGCGGCUACCAAGGUCCACCGGACGACGUUGGGCAGGAUUUGGCUAUUCGCGCGCAGGCGGCGCUUGCCCUCAGGGUGUCGUCACCCAGUAGUGACCGGUUACACCAAUUAGCGCCAGGAAACGGCGGCGGUGGUGGUGGCACGAAAACCGCCUCCUCUGAUGUUGAAUAUUGUAACGGUAGCAUCGUUCGUGGUGACGCCCCGAUAGAUCCCAACGGUAAGGCCGGUGGCGCGACAAAGGGUGGACGGGCGCCGCCCUCUGCUGAAGGAGGUUAUACCCGGCGUCUUGACACACCAGGGGCAGCGCUAGUGAGUUUCGGGGAGGGGGGGGAGAUUGCGCCGCGGCCGUCGUGCAGGAGACCCGGCGGCAUCAGAGCUUCACCGGCGAAGCCUACUCCUGCUGAGAGGCUUGCUGGAGAUUCGAGCCAGGGGACGACGUUAUCACCAGUGGCUCCGUUGCUGUUGGCAUCGACUUCGCCCGCGCCGGUGGACCUCGACACUGGCGAGCGCGGCAAGGGCCGGCGAGGGGCCGCGAUUCGACAAGAAGGGAAAGGGCACGCGCUAGCGGAAGAAGCUUCAGCGGCACAAUCGACAGCAGCCGAAGAAGAAGCAGUACCGUCGCUCGCUGGCGAACCAGCCGGUGCGUCGUCCCGCGACCAUCCGCCGCCGUUGCUCCCGACGGGUGUCGGCGACCUCUCACUAGGCCGGCAUCGUCGCCAUGGCGAAAGCCGUGGUUCGCCUUCGAGCGAAGGAACAAAAAGAGGAGAAGGUUCCACUGGCACGGGAUUUCAGGACGGAGGGCGCGGCGUUGCGAAGGGUCGAGGUGGUGGUGGAGACCGCAGAGUCGAGGGAGAAGUGGUGGUGCCGUUCGACUGGGACACCGUCCCCCGAGGCAGCGGGGUGGGAGUUCUCGGGUCUUGGAAGGGAUUCCGCGGCCUAUCGGGGGACCUGGUGAAGAACGUCAUUCGAGAGCUGCACCCCCACGCUCAGGUCGAGUUCCGUCCCGGGUACGACGUCGUGUUCGGGCCCCACUCGCGCACGAAUACCCACGGCUACCUGGUCGCGAAAUCGAGAGCUGCCCAGCCUGUGAUCUAG